UAGGAAGUACCCUCUUGUGUUUUCAGGAUCUGGACACAAAUUGAAGAACAAAAUAGAGUUUUUUCUUGCUACUGGGAAGUUCAGUGUAUCCGAUAUUGUAACUUGUCCAGUAGCACUUGGGUGUAGUAUCGAGAACAGGCUUGAGCCGAGGUUGCAGAUCUUGAGACUUUUGGAGAGUAGGAAUCUGAUUAGAAAGUGGCCUGGUCUUUCACGAAUUUCUUCGUUUACAGAUUAUAUGUUUUUUGAUAAAUUUAUUCGGCCUUAUUAUGAUGAGAUUGGCGAGGAGUGCAUCAUCAAGAAAUUUGUCACAGGAAAAAAAAGAGUUGAAGCUGUAAGCAAAUGCUUACUGAGCUCAGUUGAGCUCAGUUUGAAGUAACAGUGAAUAGGUUAAGUAAAAGUUGAAUAAAUGUUUAGUUUCUUAUUAGGCCUUAUGGCUAUGAGAUUACCGUGGAACACAUCACAAAGGUGUAUUUCAAGUAGCAAUGGUUAGGUAAACUAAGGAGGUUAGAACCAUUCUGCUGUUUGGUGGUGUUUCUGCUUUUAUUGCUCAACAUGUCUGGUGGUGUUUCUGCUGAAAGCCGUGUCAUUGUGCAGCGUCUCCUGAUUGCUCGUCCUGAGAUUAGAAACUUUGGUGUUGCUUGUUCUGAUCAUUUAUACUUUUGCUGCAUCUUUUCUCACUAUUUAGAGUGGGAAAUGCUAAUGUAACUUGCUUUUCUUCCAGAGAGACAUUCUUGCCAUUUGCUUUUAUACCAUGUAGUAUAUGAAACAGUUAAAGUUUUUAUCGAGAGAAAACAUCUUUUUUGGUCCGCGAACUUUGUCAAGGGUUUAGAAGGAGGAGGAAUUGAUGGAGAAGCAGAAGCAGCAAAUACAACGGCCGGUGGGAGGCAGUGAGAAGGCGAGGAAGAAGAAAAUGCCGAGCCCUCAGGAGCUGGUGACGCACUACGAGAAGCAGGGGAUGUCGACUCAGGAGGCUUCGCUUAAAGCGAUUGGGGAUUUGCAGGGAGCUAUGUUCAGAAUGAUUGCCGCCAAAAACAAACGCGACGAUUCCAAUUCUUCUCCGCAAGUGAUUUCCGCCAAGCUGGACGCCGUCCACGCUCGCCUCGUCCAGCUCGAAACGAAGCUCGAUUACAAGCCCAGUUACCCGCAGGCCCUGGCUCUGGGCAUUGCCUCUGCCUCCCUUUGGAAUGGCGCUCGUGAGCUCUGGAACUCCGUUCGUCGCGCCACCUCUUCCGACCCCUCAUCCUAGUUUAUUUCCUUUCUUAGCAAUGGAAUAGGUAGAAACCAUUUUGAUUGCUUGUUACCAAUCCAGUUUUGAUAUUAUGUUAGAACAAUUAGGGAUUGAAAAGAUUCUGGUUUAGGUACUGAUUAAUUUAGACCGAGGAAUGUUAUGUAGCUUUGAACUGUCGCAAUUCUCUUAUUUCAUUCGUUUUCUUACUUUAUUA